AUGGAUCGCUUCAAUCUAAGCAAGAAUGACGCCUGUGUCUUAUCUGCAUUAUUUGAUCCAGAAUCUUCUCUUUCGAAUUCCAUGACCGUCCAGGUCCGUGACAUCUCGCGGGAAGAAGGCCAUCUGUCGGCGCUGCAAGAGCAAGAACAACGCGCCCUCCGACCGCUCAACCAAGCGACACCGGCACGGAGCGACAUUGAGCUCUGCGUCUCCCAACUGUCAGCCAUCAUCGCCGACAACCCCUCGUACGCAUCUGCAUGGAACAAUCGAGCGCAGGCCCGGCGGAUGCUGGUGGCGGACGCCGACCUGAGCCGCAGCCCAGCAGCGGUCGCGGAGAUCCUGCAAGAUCUCGCUCAGGCCAUCGAGCUUGCCACGCCGGGCAGAGCGACCUCAUCUAUGCCGAGUUCGAAUUCGGGUUCGGGUUCGAGUUCGAUCUCGAGCCUCGAAGCCAGAGUGCUCGCGUCCGCGCAUACGCACAGAGGCUAUCUACUCUUGUUGGCGAGCAAGUCGGACCAAACCCGCAUGAUGCUGCACGCCGUUCCCGGUCUGAGAGAUCUGCCGAGGGAUCGGCUGGCCGAAGCUGCGAGCAGAGAGCUGGCGUUGGGAGGCAGGUAUGGAAACGAGACCGCUCGGCAAUUGGCGGUCAAGACGAAUCCGUAUGCCAAACUGUGUGGCUCGAUUGUCCGGGAAGCGCUGACAAAGGAGAUUAUGGACUUUUAUCAGCCGCGGACGCAGGCUGAUGCGAUAUAG